UUAUGCUCUGAUCAAUAGCCGCUGUUGUGUCGGGAAGGCAGAUGAAGGCUCCAACUUUUCAUCAGGGAACUGGUCGAUCCCAACUGGCAUUUCACCAUGGCCUAUACCGGAUCCACUCACACAACUAACGUGCUGGGCGAAUAUCCCCGACUCCAGCAGCCGUGCAGCUAGGGAUGAGUGACAGGGACGUCUUCCGAGACCCCAGUAGCUCCCGCAGACUGAAGGCGCCAAGAAGUUGCACAUGGUAUGGUCUGCUUCAGGGAGUCGAUGGAGUCUUGGUGGAUGGAGUAACAGCAGCCGCCGGCGUUGACAGAGAUGCCAAGUGUCGGUAACAUCACAUACAGGGACAUCAGCAACGACGUCAACAUCCUCCUUGCCGUCUUGGCGUCCACGUUGUCUGUGACGGCUGUCAUUCUCAACAGUCUCCUUAUCUACGUCAUCUGCCGAGCCAAAUACCUACACACCUGCACCAACAUCUUCCUGGUGUCGCUGUCGGUUGCCGAACUUCUUGUGGCAGUGUUUGCUAUCCCGUCGGCGGCCGUCGCCCGGAUACACCACUCCUGGGCCUUCUCCAACACCUUCUGCACAGUGUCAGGCUUCCUCUACAACGUCGGUCGGAACGGCGCCGCCUACAGCCUUGUGAUGGUGUGUGUGGACCGAUGUGUAGCAGUUUCAACGCCCCUGAAAUACAGCAACAUCAUCACAUCACGGACAGUCCUUAUGUUGAUGAUAUUCGGAUGGAGCCAGAGCACUCUUAUUGCCCUCGUACCGUUCUUUGGGAAAGGCUUGUACACUUUUGUUGGAAAGUUUUCUUUGUGCAUGUUGCUAGGAGAUAGCCAUUCAUCCCAUAUGCUUUUCAAGGAAUUAUUUGGAUGUCUUUUACCAGCAUUUGUGAUAAUUGUUAUGCUUGCCAAAAUAGUUAAAGAGGCGAGCUCCCACCAUCGAGUAUUUGCUAUGUUACCUUUGCCUGGUUCGUCAUUAAGGCCCGCCCACUAUGGCCGAAACACACUGAAGGCUAUGAGAGCCUUGUUUACCAUUAUCCUUGCCUAUGCAGCUUUCUGUAUCCCUUUAUCAAUUGUUAAGAUCGUUGACCAAACCUGCUGUUCGCAUUUACCGGAAGCGCUGGUGACGUCAUUUGUCUGGUUGUCCUUCCUGUGCUGUGUUAUUAAUCCUGUCGUCAUAGCAACCAUGAACAAGAAAUUCAAACAGUCAUUUAUGUCACUAGUGUGCUCAUGUAUGAAACCUCCGCGAACUCACGACAAGGAGCGUUUCACUAUUACUUCUGGUCUGCACACGGUACUAGACGCCUCGCUGGUCAGCAACAUCAUACACAAGCCGGACACUUUCAGACAACACACGCUUUCAAAACUCUCGCAAAAACAGGAAGGCUUACAUUUGUCGGUAACCAGAGAGACAGUUUGGCGGAGAACACAAUUAUCGCAGGGAUCAGUACUAGUCGGGACCUCGACGGUGUGUCCUGAUCCCGGACCGUCGACACGAUCUCCACUUCCUCGGAUCUCAACAGUGCCGUCUCUUCCUCUGACCUCGACAGGAUGUCUUAAUCCCAGAAUAUCGAUGGAGGAUCCCAUACCCGAGAAAUCGACUGGGUGUCCUCUUCCGUCAACUGUGGGCAGUGUUCCUGGGUCGCCCACGGAGACGAAAUCUAUCAACUAAUUCAGGGAUUUUGUUAUUUCCAUUUAUUAUGUAGAUACCAUUUUAAAAAUAUUUUUAUGAGAAUUUGUUGAAUUGUUUCAAAAUAAAAAAUGAAAACAACUGUAUCACGGCAGAACAGCGGAGUUAAUAUUUCCUACCAUUGGUCCAUGGUCCCCGAGUGCCAUCCAACCACCUGUAGCACAUUCUGGGACACAGCUGUAUUUGUGCUCAUUAAAGUAACAUUCAAAUAUCAGACCACGUUUUUUUCCUAUUUUAAUCAUUUUAAAUAUGUUUUCUGUGCCCU